CGCCCCCGCCUCCACUCCACAGCCCCUCAACCCCCACCAGAAAAGUCCCCCAUCCUCCCCAAGGCCCUCCGAAAAUACGCCGCCCACUUCCGUGACCGCCCCUUUUCCCACAUCACCUCAUUCCUAAUACUCCACGAGCUCACGGCGAUCGUGCCGCUCGGUGGGCUCUUCCUGUUCUUCCACAAAACGCACUGGACACCGCCAGGGGUGCCGGGUGAGUGGGUGGUAGCGGGGGUGGAUAUGUUUGGUAAAUAUGUAUGAUGUAUUUUGAUCCUCUCCCGGCGGCCCGUGGGUUAAUGGAUGGGGUAUCAUAGGUGCGGAGGAAGGGGUGGAAGAGGUUUAAAGGGGAUGAGGGGGCUAGGUUACUAUUUGAGUGAGUUUUCCUUUCGGUUGGGGAUGGGGGGCUGGGGACUAACUUUGAGGGGGAUGGUAGGGUUGCUACGGCUUGGGCUGUUGUGAAGACUUUGCUGCCGGUUAGAAUUGCGGUGAGUCUUUGGGCUACGCCCUGGUUUGCUAGAGUUGUUUUA